ACAGUUUGUGGGGGUGUGCAUGUUCUCGUGGAAGACUUCUGUGACCAAAUGUUCCAGAGCAGCCUUUAUAAGGGUCAUCCCAGGUGUGGCAUUGACUAGAGAGGACAUGAGAAGGCAAGUAGUGAUCACUAAACAGCUAAAAGGAGGAUGUGCAGGGAUGAGACCCAUGGACCACAGCAUGCUGAAAUGUCUCUUCUCUCUACUCUUGCUAACAGUGUCUGCAGCAGACCCUCCAUCCAAUGCAGCCAUUUUAGCCAGUGAAAUGACUCCAGGCAAUGCAUCCAAUACAGCCAGUGCAGGCCAAGCAGCCAAUACAGCCACAACAUCCUGUACAACACGUCGAUGUCUGGCCAGCAUGCUGAUUGCGAAAGAAGCUCUGAGUCAGCCACAGUCUCCAUCAUGCAUCUCAAAAAUCAGUGUGCCGUUAAUAGUGUAUGAAACUCUGUCUGUCGACACAAAAGAUCUCCGCUUCGAGAGUCAGCUGCAAGUCAUGUUGUCUUGGGAAGACCCUGAUUUAUCAUGGAACACAUCAGUCUAUCAUCAUCAUAUGGUGGUCCUGCCUGUCAGCAAAAUCUGGACUCCUGAACUCCAUGUGACUAAUGGAGUGCAAACAACGAUAAAGCACAGCAACAAGGAUUUGCUGGUGCACAGCAACGGGACUAUAGAGCACAUGGUCAUCAUGAACACUGUGGUGGGCUGUGAGGUCAAUCUGUACAAUUACCCCUUCGCUUCAGAUUUCUGCCCCAUCGCCAUCAAUGUAUGGGCACUUAAAGGAUGUGGCAUGUUCCUGAACUUUGGGGCUGUGAGCACAACUAGUGCAAACCGUGGGGACUGGCUAACCGAGGACGUGAAACUCGAUGCUAAAGGAGGCAGAGAUGAUCGCAACUAUCUAUGGGUGUCGCUGAAAAUGCGGUCCGAAAACCCGUUUUUGUCCCUGGUUCUGCCCAGUAUACUGAUCAUUGUGGCUGAUGUGGUGAGCUUCGCCCUGCCGCUGGGAGGGGGCGAGCGUAUCUCAUUCAAGGUUACACUGGUUCUCAGCUUCAUCAUGUUCCUCAUCAUCCUCAACGACCUACUGCCUGGAGGAGGCCAGUGCAGCCCCAUCAUCCGAAAGCACUUCUGUUUCUGUUUGGUCAUCCUGGUGUUGAGCACGUUGCAGUCUAUGGUGCUCACACGUCUGGCUAAGUGUGGUACUCUCUGGCCCUGCAGCCUCUCCAAGUCCAAAGACUCACUGCUUAAAGACACAGACAAUGAAGAGGAAUCCAAGUCUGAUAUUAAAGCCUCUGAGGACGAGAACACAGCCCUCCAGAAGGUGGUGAAGUUUCUCAACAAAAUGGCUGCACAAGACCAGACAAAAGCUAUACACCAUCGCUUUGCCAACAAAGUGGACUUGAUCUGUUUCUGUAUCUAUCUCACUGUCCUCAUUGUUUACGCAGUCGUCAUUUUAUAUUUCUCCUUUGGUUCUCGAUGUGAGAUCAACCAAUUAGAUUUCUGGUCAUAAAUUCUUUAUUCGCUUUUAACAACCAUAUUUCAAUAAAUAUUGGUGUAUUUGGGUCUUCAGAAAUUUUGCAAGCACUAACAAAAAGCUAUUUUUUUUGAGUCUCUGGAUAAAAUAAAUAGAUGUUUAUUCUUAAGUAGGGCUUUAACAAUAUUUAUUUAAACAUGUUUAGAACUAGCCAGUCAUGUGUAAUAAUACAUUUAGCAAUUAGGGCUCUAAUGAAUACAUGUAAUGGGGACUGUAGUGCUAUAAUCCCCCAGAAUAGAACCUUAGAACUCUAAUGAAUACAUGUAAAGUGGACUGUAUUAGUAGUGUGGAAACAAAUGAACAGUGUGUUAUUUCCUGUGAAGGCCUUAUAUUAUCUCCUAACUAAGCAGGUUCUCAACCUCAGGCUGAGAUAUCAAAUAGUCUCACGAUCAUCUCCUCCACCUGCGCUGGGCUGUAUUUGUGGUAUCUCUCAGGGUGUUUGGAGAAAUCAGCAUGGUCACAUCUGUGUAAAGUACAGGUAAAUGACCAUAAUAAAGGAAUAUCACUGUA